AGAGCAUGUUAAAGUGAUUAUUAAAAUGAAUAUGAUUAUGUUAUUUUUAUGACCAACGUUGUUAAUAACAUGAUCAUGUUUUAUUUAAAGGUGCAUUUAUUUCUAAUUUUUGCCCAACGGUAAUAUAGAUUUAAUUGCAUAGACAGUUAUAUGUUUAAUUUGACCAACGUUAGAUUAAUACAUAUGAUUGUUAUAUUGAUGUCAUUUAAAUUGUAAUUUCAGGAGGCUUUCAUUUGAUGAGUUGCCUAAAAGAAGUUCCAACACUCAGAGGUGACAACCACACUGAGUGGAGGAAGAAAGUUGAACUGGCGUUUCUUUGUGCUGAUCUUGACUGGGUUGUGGAGAAACCACAGCCGGUCAGACCCACAGAGCCAGUAAGAGAGGCUACUGACGAUGAUGCUGCAUGGGCUAAAAAGAGAGGGGACUAUGCUCCUUUGGAGCAGUCCUACCUCAUAGAUAAUCAAAAGUGGGUCAAUGCAAAUAAAAAAUGCAUGGCCUUUAUAAAGAACACCAUUGAGAGCGCCAUUGUGGGCUCCAUUGCAGAGUGCACUUCCGCAGGGGAGUUGCUCUCAAAGAUAAAGAGCCAGUUCACUGGCUCUUCAAAGAUAUAUGCCACCCAGGUGUUAGAGCAACUGGUGACAGAAAAAUACAGAGGUGGCAGUCAUGGCAUAAGAGAGCACAUCCUCAGGAUGAGCAAUAUGGCUGCAAAGCUCAAACCAAUGGAUGCGGAUCUGGAGAUCAAACCAGCGCUCCUGGUCCACCUUGUCAUGGCUUCAUUGCCAAAGGAGUUUGAAGCUUUUGUAGUGAACUAUAAUAUGUCACCUGGAACAUGGGACGUAGAAAAGACAAUAGCAAUGUGUGUUCAAGAAGAGGAGAGACUAAAAGCCUCACAUGGUGGUACACUCAACUAUGUGCAUGGUCACAAAAGAAAGAAUUACAAUCUAAACAACAAAAGUUCUCCUUCAAAGCCACAAGGAAAAGUUUCCUAUCAGCAUCAGCGUCAGCAACAGCCUUUCUCAGUGGACAAAGACACUUGUCUCCACUGUAAGAAGACCGGGCAUUACAAGAAAGACUGUCCCGUUUGGCUAAAGUCGAUCAUGGCAAAAAGAGGGAUUCCAUUCGACGCGGACUACGCUAAGAAGCGAAAGACGCAUUGAAGUGGCGAACGGAGUUGAAGCAGAAGUUGAAGCUGUCGGUGAUAUCUCCUUGGAGUUAGCUGAUGGAUUCAAUCUUCUACUUAGAGAUGUUUUAUUCGUUCCAUCAUGUAAUAGAAACUUAAUAAGUGUUUCUUGCUUGGACAAAGAUAAUUAUGAGUGUUAUUUUGGACAUGGCAAGUGUGCCAUUUGGUUAAAUAAUGCUUAUGUGGGUGAUGCUUUACUACAUGAUGAGCUUUAUUUGUUAUCACUUCGUGAAAAAGUCUAUUCCGUUUGCAAUGUGAAAGAACAUGUUUCUGCGUCGAAUAAAGUACAAAA